AUGUCGAGUAUAUUUUUAUGUUUGUUAACGCUAACUAUUAUUUAUACUGUAAAUGGAAAACUUGACAAUGAUAUAAAUUUUGAUGAGAACAGACGCCAUCAAUCACAUUCGAUGAGACAUAUACGCCGGCGGGGUCACCAUCACAAACCAGGACUACGUAUCAGGAAUGAGCACCAAGUCUACAUUACGGAGCCGAAGACUAACCUGAGGAUUAGAGGUGGCAAUGCGACUGAUACAAAGAACUUCCCCUACAUGGCUGCCAUUAUAAUCAAUGGUAGAUUGUGGUGUGCUGGUACCAUUGUUGAUGUCAACUGGGUGGUUACUGCUGCUCAUUGCUUGAACUAUGUCCUCCACGUAUCCCCACUAAAAACAUUGGGGCAGUAUGUGAAAGUGCGUGUAGGCAGUUCUAGACCCCACGAGGGGGGCACCCUGGUCGACGUAGCCGGUGCUGUACGGCACCCCAAGUUUGAAGAGGAACCUGUACCUCACGCUGAUGUGGCCUUAUUGAAACUUGCUGAGAACAUUGAGUUCCACAGACACGUGAGCCUGCUGAAGAUCUAUGAAGGUAUCAAGGAGCCAUUCGCGCAGAGCUUCGUGGUCGUCACUGGCUGGGGAGCUACAAAAGGUACAGACACAGCCUUCAGAGAACACACGCCUGACCUGAUGACGGGCAGGCUGAAGGUGCGGUCGCAGCACUACUGCAUAGAUGCCUACCAGCUGGUCAAUGGAUUCCAGUUCACUCAAGACUUCUUCUGUGCCUCGUUGAGGAACGGCACCAGGGAUGCUUGCUUGUUCGACGCAGGCGCUCCGGCGGUACAGCAGAACAGAUUGAUGGGUAUCAUGAGCUUCGGGCCUGAACGCUGUGGACAUGAGUUCCAGCCAGCUGUCUUUAUCAAGGCAUUCUACUUUAGAGACUUCGUAAAAUCAACAAUAGCUUCAUACAAGACGACGGCUGAGCUGAUAGAUGCCGUGCAGGAGAUCGACCCGAGCUUGCAACAACAUGAAACGCUGCACGAGGGUGUACCACAAGAAGUGCCGGAGAAGUUAAGGGACGAUGUCAGAAACGCCUGGGAGGCGGCCACUGAGCCCGAUGUAAAGCACGAUUAA